AUGAAGAAUACCUCCCUGCUGAUAUUUAAGGCGAGAGUCAGGUGCACCGUCAGGCUGCUGCUGCUGCUAUUACACUGUGUGGGAUAUUCACAUGGGAUGCCACACGUCUUGAGAUUUGGGGGAAUAUUUGAGUCCAUUGAAAGUGGCCCAUCAGGUGCUGAGGAACUAGCCUUUAAAUUUGCUUUAAACACAAUCAACAGGAACAGAACCCUACUGCCAAACACCACGCUCACAUACGACAUCCAAAGGAUAAACAUCUAUGACAGCUUUGAAGCCUCCAGGAAAGCCUGUGACCAGCUUUCUCUGGGGGUAGCAGCCAUCUUUGGGCCCUCACACAGUUCCUCUGCCAAUGCGGUCCAGUCCAUUUGUAACGCCCUUGGGGUGCCACACAUCCAGACUAAGUGGAAGCACCAGGUAUCGGACAACAGAGACGUCUUCUAUGUUAGCCUCUAUCCUGACUUCUCCUCCCUCAGCCGGGCCAUCCUGGACCUGGUCCACUUCUUCAAGUGGAAGACGGUCACUGUGGUUUAUGAUGACAGCACUGGUCUGAUUCGGUUGCAAGAACUUAUAAAGGCGCCGUCCCGGUACAACAUCCGGUUAAAGAUCCGGCAGCUGCCCGCAGAGACCAAGGAUGCCAAGCCGCUCUUAAAGGAGAUGAAGAGGGGGAAGGAAUUCCACAUCAUCUUUGACUGUGGUCACGAAAUGGCUGCUGGGAUCCUGAAGCAGGCUCUCGCCAUGGGGAUGAUGACAGAGUAUUAUCACUAUAUCUUCACCACACUGGAUCUGUUUGCACUGGACGUGGAGCCUUACCGAUACAGUGGUGUGAACAUGACUGGCUUCAGGAUCCUGAACACUGAGAACAGCCAGGUCGCAUCCAUCAUCGAGAAAUGGUCCAUGGAGCGACUGCAGGCUCCACCCAAACCUGACUCUGGUCUACUGGACGGCUUCAUGACCACGGACGCCGCGCUUAUGUAUGAUGCUGUGCACGUGGUGGCCGUGGCUGUGCAGCAGUCUCAGCAGAUCACUGUCAGCUCAUUACAGUGCAACCGACACAAGCCCUGGCGCUUCGGGAACCGCUUCAUGGCCCUCAUCAAAGAGGCCCACUGGGAUGGCCUGACGGGGAGAAUCACUUUCAACCGGACCAAUGGCUUGAGGACAGACUUCGACCUCGAUGUCAUCAGUCUAAAGGAGGAGGGGCUUGAGAAGAUUGGUACCUGGGACCCUCCAAGUGGCCUGAACAUGACCGACAACCAGAAGGGGAAGACGACCAACGUCUCUGAUUCCUUAUCCAAUCGAUCCCUGAUCGUCUCCACCAUACUGGAAGAGCCAUAUGUGAUGUUCAAGAAGUCUGACAAGCCGCUGUAUGGGAAUGACCGCUUUGAGGGCUACUGCAUAGACCUGCUGAGAGAGCUGGCCAACAUCCUUGGCUUCCUUUACGAGGUUCGCCUGGUGGAAGAUGGGAAAUACGGCACCCAGGAUGAGAACACGGGCCAGUGGAAUGGCAUGGUGAAGGAGCUAAUGGACCAUAGAGCUGAUCUGGCAGUGGCUCCCCUCGCCAUCACAUACGUGCGUGAGAAGGUUAUUGACUUCUCCAAGCCCUUCAUGACGCUGGGUAUAAGUAUACUUUACCGCAAGCCAAACGGGACCAACCCUGGGGUCUUCUCCUUCCUCAACCCCCUCUCGCCCGAUAUCUGGAUGUAUAUUCUGCUGGCUUACUUGGGUGUCAGUUGUGUGCUGUUUGUCAUAGCCAGGUUUAGUCCCUACGAGUGGUAUAAUCCCCACCCUUGCAACCCUGACUCGGAUGUAGUGGAAAACAAUUUCACCCUGCUAAAUAGUUUCUGGUUCGGAGUUGGAGCUCUCAUGCAGCAAGGAUCUGAGCUCAUGCCGAAGGCCCUCUCCACCAGAAUUGUAGGAGGAAUUUGGUGGUUUUUCACACUCAUCAUCAUAUCCUCCUAUACUGCAAACCUUGCGGCCUUCCUCACCGUGGAGAGGAUGGAGUCGCCCAUCGACUCUGCUGAUGACCUGGCUAAGCAGACCAAGAUAGAAUACGGGGUCGUAGAGGAUGGCGCCACCAUGACCUUCUUCAAGAAAACCAAGAUCUCCACGUAUGAUAAGAUGUGGGAGUUCAUGAGCAGUCGGAGGCAUUCAGUGAUGGUGAAGAACAUUGAGGAAGGCAUUCAUCGUGUGCUCACCUCAGACUACGCAUUCCUCAUGGAGUCCACCACCAUUGAGUUUGUCACGCAGCGCAAUUGCAACCUUACCCAGAUUGGAGGCCUCAUUGAUUCCAAAGCCUACGGGGUUGGCACUCCAAUGGGCUCUCCGUACAGAGAUAAGAUCACGAUUGCCAUCCUGCAGCUUCAGGAGGAAGGAAAGCUGCACAUGAUGAAGGAGAAAUGGUGGAGAGGAAACGGCUGCCCAGAGGAGGAGAGUAAGGAGGCCAGCGCCCUCGGGGUGCAGAACAUCGGAGGGAUCUUCAUUGUCCUGGCUGCUGGACUCGUCCUGUCUGUGUUCGUGGCUGUGGGAGAGUUCCUCUAUAAAUCCAAACAGAAUGCACAACUUGAAAAGAGGUCCUUCUGCAGCGCCAUGGUGGAUGAGCUGCGGGUAUCCCUCAAGUGCCAGCGCCGGCUCAAACACAAGCCCCAGCCACCCGUCAUGGUAAAAACGGAGGAGGUCAUCAACAUGCACACCUUUAACGACCGCAGACUGCCAGGGAAAGAGACCAUGGCCUAA